ACCAGUCCAGCAGGGGCACUAGCUAGUGACAAUCUCCAGUCCAGCGGGACCAGCAGAAGCGGGGAGCGCAGCCUCGCCGGCCUCCUGGGUCUCAUUGAGGGUACUGUGCAGCGCCUAAACCAGCACCAUGCGCUCUUCUUUGGGGGCUCGCUGGUUCCCUCUGUCGCUCAGUUUCCUCCUUUACGUGUUUUCCCUGUGUUUUUCGGAGGACACUAUCAAAGAUUCAGAUUUUACAACUCAAGUUCACAAUGAAGAAUUUACAGAAAUGGCUGAGGAAACUGCGACAAAUUUGUCAUACCCAGAGUUAAUCCCCAUGGAGGAAACCCUGUUCAUAAUGGAAAAAUCUGAUGAAGUUGUGGAAAAAAAUGUGACAAUAGGAAACCCUGCUAGGAUAGAAUUAAAAUGUAACUUCAGUACCACCAGACACCCACAGUUUGUGUAUGCAUAUUGGAAAAAAGGUAAUGAUCGGAUCAAUGGAACAAGUCACGUCAGAGUGUUUGAAAAUAUCAUGCAAGCUUAUAUCACGUUGAUGGUCACUGAAAGGAUGCAUAUGGAAAACUACUCUUGUAUUUUUGAAGGGGAAAAGGAACGAAAGGGCACAUUUCACUUUAAAGUUCCUGAAAUUUAUACAAAAGAAAAGCCAUUGGUGAAUUAUGAACGGGAUUCUGUUGUCUUGAAUUGUGCUAGUAAAAACUAUGUCCCUUUGAUGUGGGUCUGGUAUGCUAGUAAUGGAAGUGAAAAGGUUCCCAUUGACACUACACUGAAAAACAAGUAUGAAAUUCUACCAUCCAAAUAUAAUGAAACAAAGCUAAAGAUAAAGCACCUUCAAUCAACAGACAGUGGACUAUACUGGUGCCGUGCGAUAUUCCUCCUAGGAGAUAGUGAAGGAAAGCAGAACCUCAUAGUGCUAUCCUACCUGGUGCCGCUCAAACCAUUUCUUGCAGUAACUGCUGAAGUUGUCAUUUUAGUAACUGGUAUUUUUCUCUAUGAGCUGUAUACCAAAAGGAGACAGACAUCCUCAGAAGGUGGAAAAGACUUUGAACAAGCUGAACAGCUAAAAUCAGAAGAUCACAAUGGAGUAAACACAAAUAAUCAAAGAACCAGACACAGAAAGAGUGAAGUCAGUAUGAAUUAAUGCUCCAAUUACAGGAAAUUUGAAGCCAACAAAAGAGAAAUCAUUUAAUAAUGAAGAAUCCUGGGAAGCUGUGUUCACAGUUGCCACAUUUCAAGAUUGUUUAUGUUUUCUCUCAAGGGUAUAUGGUUUUUCUUGUUGAUGCUUUAAAGAAUGAAAUGUCAUGUAAUAGAAACAUUAUGCCUUCCCUGUGCUUGAUAAGUUAUUUCAUAAAUUGUAUAAAUUUAUACCAGGGUUGAAGGCAUAUUUCCAUGUUGUGAUUACUUCACAAUAUUAGUGAAAAGCAAAAGUAUUAUUACUAUUUACAUAUGCAGAUAUUAACAUUCUUUUUAGUAAAAUGUUGCUAAGCAGGGUUUUCCUUAGUGUUAUGAAAAUCUUAACUUUAUGCUAGUCUUCAAAGAAUGGACAGAAUCGAUACCAGCAAAAAUCCUUAAUAGAGGGGCAGCUAGAUGGCACAGUGGAUAGAGCACUGGCCCUGGAUUCAGGAGUACCCGAGUUCAAAUCCAGCCUCAGACACUUAAUACUUACUAGCUGUGUGACCCUGGGCAAGUCACUUAACCCCAAUUGCCUCACUAAAAAAAAAAAAAAGAAAAAUCCUUAAUAGAUACUGCUGCACAACCACCAAAGAUAACAUUAAAAGGAAAGCCUUUGCCAUGUGUUUUAAUAAAAUGCUGAAAUAUUUUUGAAGGGAUAACAAAGUAUAGGAUGCCUAUUUGGAAAAAAUAUAACUUAAAGGGUCACUGUUAGUGAAAAUGUAUUUUAUUAUGUUGAGAGAGAUAGCAUAUCAUACUGACUAGAGAAUUGGCCUUGAAUCCAGGAAGAUCAGGGUUCAAUUCCUACUCUGACAAAUAGUGGCUCUGUGACCCCAUUGAAGUUACUCAACUUUUCAGAGUUCUAGGUAACUCUUUAAACCCUAAGUUGCUUAGAAAGUGCCAACAUCCAUUGGUAAAGAGGGUUUCCUUAAUUUAGAGUUCUCUAUACCAGUGAAAUCACAUAUCUAGUCCCUGUCCCCUAUUGGAAAAGCAAGGCCUUCUUCCUCUGUAAAAGAUUGUAGACUAUUUCCUGUUUAAACAAAUACCUUUUUACCUAUAAAUCUUAGGACAAAUAAGCAUAAAAACAAACACUUUUAUUAUAGUAUUAGAUUAGAUCUUGUCACACCCCCCCACCCCCAAAAUGAGGUCAAUUUGUGUCACUUUCUAUCUUUUACCUUCUCACAUUGGGGCCACAUUGCUCCCUAGUUUUAGUGUGGGGCCAUUUAAAAUUCAAAGACCAUCAUCUUGAAACCACUGGAGAUGGUCAGAGAUUUUAUACUUCACAUGUGGCUACCCUGGAUUGGCUGUUUGACUGCAUAUUAAGGUUUGCUUUGCAGCCUUACUUUCAGAGAUGUCUAGUCUUCUAGAGAUGUCUGCUUCUAUACAUCUUUUAAUUUGUACUUCUGGGCUUUCUCCACAACCCUGACCCUUUCCAGAGGACUGAGACUAAACAUCUUAUUUACUAUACCUCAUAUAGUUGAAAAUAAUGCUAAUUCCUUAGGUGUUAUUUUUCCCAGCCUAUGUGAGCUUUUUAAAAAUGUCAAUGACUAAUCUAAAUACCUAAUCAAUCAGUCCAUCAACAAACAUGUUUUCAAGUGCCUUCUAUAGUCCAGGCACUAUGUUAAACACCAGGGAUACAAAAACAGAAAGCAAAAUGACUCCUGUCCUCAAGAAGCUAAGGCAUUAAUUGUUAUAUAUUCCAUAGUACUCCAUUGCAAUUCCUUUUCUGACAGAAGGUUUGACAUCCUGAGUGAACUGGUAUGCUUUUAAGGGCAUAAAGUAGUUUAUUUCUUGUCUUGUUUAGAAUUAAUUGUUCUUUAAAAGUAUUUCCUAAAAGAAAAAAAAAGAACAACAUUUUUUGUUAAUUUUUGUUGGUUAAAAUCCUUUUAACGAGGAUAACUAUUUGCGUAUAUUUCUCCAAAUAUUUGUUUAUUCUAUUUACUCCAAAUCAAAUGAGAUGUGAGUUUAUGUGAUGUUUUUAAUACCAAUGUCUUUUUAUUUUGCUUGUUUUUGUAUCACACAC